AUGAAUAUUCUCUUAUCUUUAGAUCAUCCCUCUAUUGUUGAUGUUAAAGAAGUAGUGGUGGAUGAUGAUGAUAGGGAUGAUGGUACUUAUAUGGUAAUGGAGCAUAUGCAGUAUGACCUCAAACAGUUGAUGGAGGCAAAGAAUCAUCCUUUUAGUUUGGGUGAAAUAAAAUCCUUCAUGAAGCAACUUCUGGGAGGUGUCAAGUAUCUCCAUGAUAACUGGAUUCUCCAUAGAGAUUUGAAGACAUCUAACAUCCUGAUGAAUAAAGAAGGGCAUUUGAAAAUAUGUGACUUUGGAAUGUCAAGGCAGUACGGAAGCCCACUUAAGCCAUAUACUUCUCUUGUGGUUACAUUAUGGUACAGAGCACCCGAACUUUUGUUGGGCGCUAAAAAAUACUCCAAAGCAAUUGAUAUGUGGUCAUUGGGCUGUAUAAUGGCUGAACUAUUUUCCAGGGAGCCUCUUUUCAGGGGUAAAACUGAAAUCGAACAACUUGAUAAGAUUUUUCGAACCCUUGGUACACCAGAUGAGAAAAUAUGGCCAGGAUUUUCCAAAUUGCCUGGGUCUAAAGCAAAUUUUGUCAAGCAACGGUGUAGUAUGCUAAGGAUGAAGUUUCCAGCUGCGUCUUUCACUGGUUUGCCAGUUUUAUCUGAGUCAGGAUUUGACUUGUUGAGUAAGCUUCUAGCUUAUGACCCUGACAAGAGGAUAUCUGCUGAAGCUGCUCUGCAACAUGAUUGGUUUCAAUGA